AUGGCCGCGGACGACUCGUACACGGCAGCUGACGAGCGCGCCCCCGCCCGGAGGGCGGCAUCCAGGCGAAGAAGGACGAACAGCCGGCGAACACGACGCGGAGUUACGCGGCGAAGCAGCGGAGUGGAAGGCGCGUCCCCGGCCGGUCCUCCACUUCGAUCCCUGUCACACGGCUCGCUCUAUAGCUGGCCCGACGGCGAGCUCGUAACGCCGGACAAGCUGGCGGCGUGGCUCAAAGAGGAUAUCCUGUUACGACGCGUUGUGCCGCCGCAGAAGAAGAAGCCGCGCGCGCGGGGUAAGAUUAGGGGCAACGGCAACGGCGAGGCCGUACAGGUACGGCAACAGCGCGAACAGGAGCAGCUCGAGGCCGCGGCCAUGGCAGAGGCCGAAAGCCUGGCCGAAGCUUUGGAGGUCCCCCUGGCCGAGGCCGCCGAGCUGCUCGCUGACGACCGCGAGGGCUACGUGCCACCCACAGGCCUCGCGACGGCUGCAGUAGACCUUACCGAAGGGUCUUUGCUUACGAGGGGCACUAUCGACGCCUAUAUCGCGGCCGUUAUCGAGCUAUGGAGGCUCCAGGUGGCUCACGGCAACGCGAAUACGGAGAAUCCCGGGGCGCCGCCGUACGAGGAUUCCUUGAGCAACGGGGCCGCCAGCGGGGGAAGCACGACCGCGCCUCCUUUAAAGACCGCGGAAGCGACGGGAUCCAGGCCGGCUACCUCCGAUGAAUGGCUUCGGAUCCAGGAUCUCCUUCUCACUGGCGCCGCGUAUACGCCGCAAAACCUCCGUACGCGAGUCGACCUCCUCUUCGGCCACUACUACCUCUUACGGGGGGAGAACCGGCGCAAGAUGGAGCUUGCAGACCUAUCCCUACUCGACUAUCCGCCUUCGGAGGCCCGACCCCUGUGGUUGCCUGCACAGCUCUUCUUUGGCGCUGGCACGUCGCCGGCGAACCCCCGUCCUUCCGGCGCCGUCAGGACUGGUAUCGGAUCAAGGUCCUCGUCGGGCGGGACCGCGAGCAGGAGCUCGUACCCGACACAGCUACAAGAGACCUGGCGUAUCUUCGGCGCUGCCGGCCUUAUCGCGUCGAAGAAGACGCACCUCCCGCGCAGGGUGGGCGCCCAGGACGCGGAGACCCAUGGCACGUCGCUCGCCCAGAUCUCGCAGGCCGGCCGCUGGAACCAGAGCGUGCUCUGCCAGGCAUAUCUUACGCACCUACCGCGGCAGUUCAUGCGUAUCGUCGCCGGCUUCUCGGCCUCCCCGGGGGACUACUUCCUCGCGCGUGCGGCUCACGAACCCCCCGUUCUUCGCCUACGCCCCUUUGGCGGGCCCGAGUGGGACGAGUUCGCCGUCGCCGUGCGGUCCACCGCGGUAGGGGCUAUGGAGCCGAAUAGUCAGCGGCUCGCCAUCCGGCUUGAGGCCCGGCUGGACGGGAUUCAGGGCGGCCUCGAUGCCCUCCUCCAGGCAAGGUCCUAUCACCUUUACCGGCUACUUCGGAGCCGGGUCAGCAGAGGCGCUGGCCCCAGCCCGGCCCCGGCCCCGUCAACAGUACCUACCUUGAAUCUCAAUACAGCUCCGGCCGGCCCCGGCCCCGCCCCAGAGCCUCUGGUACCAGGCAUGCCUAUCGUCACAGCCCUGGCAAGGGUCUUUACGGUGGGGACGUCUGGAAGGAGUGGGAGGAAGGGUUUGCAGGUCAGAAGGCCGUACGGGAGCUGGAAGAGACGUGGGAAGCCGCUGGCGCCGGGGAACGGGGUCAGAGUGCAGUUCUGUCGCCGGAAGGUGAUCUGGGACGAGCUGUUGGCCCGUAUGGCGUCCGGCAAAUGCAAGGAGGCGGCCGUUGCAGAGCUAGAGCUGUUACGCGCCGGCCGAAGCUUGAACCGACUCGUCGACGAGCUCAAACAGCGCCGACGGCGGGGCCAGGAUCGGGGCCAGGGCCAGGGCCAGAUACGGGUACAGGUAGGGACCCCGUGCCCGAUGACCCAGGUCCAGGCCCGGACCAGGUCCAACUCGAGGUCAGGGCCGUCGGGGCGGAGGACCCGGCUGGGAAGCGGACCGCCCUCGUCGACGUAA